AGUAUCGAAGUAAGCGAGGUGUCUAUUUUGAAUAUUCAUUCAUGCUAUUAAAUAUUAAGGAGAAAACUUCUGGUCAAAAUUAUGAGUAACUUACGAGCUGCUGGUCUCAUAGUAUUCCGAAUUGUUUCGUUAGAAGUUGAGUACUUGUUAAUGCAGACGUCGUAUGGCCAUCACCAUUGGACACCACCAAAAGGACAUGUCGAUCCUGGUGAAAGUGACAUGGAAACGGCUAUGAGAGAAACAGAAGAAGAAGCUGGAUUAACAGUGAAUCACCUACAAGUCAUAACAGAUUUUCGUAAGGAACUUCACUAUGAAGUCAAGCGGAAACCCAAAAUUGUUGUAUACUGGCUAGCAAAACUUGUAGACCCUCUUGCAGCUGUUCAACUCUCAGAAGAACACAAGGAUUUCAGAUGGGUAAAACUAGAGGAAGCCUGCCAGUUGGCUGAAUAUGCAGAUCUACAAUCUGUUCUAAGAGAUUGUGAAGCAUAUCUCAAGAAUGAUACCAGUGUUGUGUAAAAGAUUACCAUUGUAUUUAUUUUUAUAGUUCAUGUUUCUUCAUUUCAAGGAAAAUGUUAUAAAAAUGAAUGUAUGGUAGAAGUAACUGUAAGAAGUAUGGUUGACCAAUGCAUGUGCAUCUGUUAAAUCUUCUAAAGAUAAUUCUCGUUCAAGCUGUCACUCAAGGAUUUAGCUGUAAAUAUAAAGAGGGUUAAAUUUC